CUCCUCGGUCCCAGCGCCUCCCGGGCCUCCCUGACCUCCCCCUCCGGCGCUCUCGCGCUCACUGCGCUCCUCCGGCGCCUGUCCGCCCGCGCUCCCAGCCAUGGUGGUCUGGCGCUCGGUUUUCCUCCUCUGCCUCGCUUUCUCCUUGGCCACUCUGGUCCAAAGAGGAUCUGGGGACUCUGAUUUUCGUCUGGAGGAUGCGUUGAAAGAAACUUCCUCAGUAAAGCCACGAUGGGACCAUGGCACCACAACCAAGAGGCCAGGAACAACCAGAGCUCCGCCAAAGCCUGCAGAAGACGACUUUGACUUGGCUGACGCCCUCGAUGACCGGAAUGAUCUAGACGACGGCCGCAGGAAACCGAGCGCUGGGGGAGGGGGUUUUUCAGACAAGGAUCUUGAAGACAUAUUAGGCGGUGGUGAAUACAAACCUGACAAAGGUGAUGGGCGGUAUGGCAGUGACGACUCAGAAUCCGGAGUGUCAGCCGAGGCCGGCACCAUCGCGGGUGUGGCCAGUGCCCUAGCCAUGGCCCUGAUCGGCGCGGUCUCCAGCUACAUCUCCUACCAGCAGAAGAAGUUCUGCUUCAGCAUCCAGCAGGGUCUGAAUGCGGACUACGUGAAGGGAGAGAACCUGGAAGCCGUUGUGUGUGAGGAACCCCAAGUGAAAUACUUGACGCUACAGACGCAGGCUGCCGAGCCGCCGCCCUCCGAUGCACCCCGGAUCUGAGGGCCACUGCUCGCGACCAGCUCCUCGUUUCACCGUGACCUGCGGCUGCCCUGCUGCUUCUCUGACGUCAUUGCUUCUCCUUCUAACUCCAGAUGAGCUCGCGGGUGUGUGUGUGCAGCGUGUGUGUGUCGCAUCUGAGACCCGGCUCCGGCGGAAAGCCGGCACCAGCCUCAGAGCCGCUGGGCCACCGCACCCCCAAAGCCGGCCUGGCCCGGCCUGCGUGAGCUGGGGCUGCGGCGCCGAGACGGCGGGGGCACGCGGACUCUGAUGCGCCCGGGAUGGGAGUUUGAACCCAGGGUCGUGUGGGUCCUGGCAGGGACGUCAGCUAGCGCCUGGUUCGCUUGCCGCCCCUGCGAGGAGCGAAUGAGUGAGCGUCAGGUCAACAUGCACACACACACACGCACACACACACGCACACCACCGGGUUUUGCACUGCCGGCCUUCCGGAGAGCUGGUGCACGCGGUGGUUUUCCGUUAUUGAAGUGCAUGCAUUGAUAGUCCCGUCCUGAGAGCCUAGGAACCUUCUGGACGAGUAGGAGGCUGUGACUCUGGGGCCCGAUUCCUCUGACUCCAUAGGGGCCUGGGUGUGGCCUCCUGGCUGCCGUGAUUAGCUUUUAGGAAUGUGUGUCCCCCUUCCACCCUGUACAUGUGCCUCUUUUGGUAGCAGAAGCUACAGACGUAAAGAAUAGGUGGCAGAG